GUUUGCAUGUCAGGACUCGUUGAAGGAAUCAGGUGACAUUAAAGCUGUUAAUUAACUGAUCUGUAGGUUUCAAGGCUUUUCUCCUGGCUGGUAGCAGUGUGUUUGUUUUUCUGAAGAUGAUGACUUUCAGAGGGCUUUAUCACAGGUUUUCCCACUUGGUAAAACACACAGCACAAAGGCAAUACAGGAAAUAUGACAUGCGGUGCAACAUAACCACUGGCGUGGUGCCAGCUACCCAGAGCCAGGCAGUGUCAGAUGGAGAGCUGAGCAUGUCUGCGCGAGUCUGUGGAGGCAGCAGCUCCAGCCUUCCAGGGACUCCGGGUGGAGAGCCUGGCCCAGCUAACAAUGUGCUGAGCUGGGCCGUUUCCUUUGAGAAGCUAUUGGAGGACCCCUGUGGGGUUCAGUACUUUGCUGCCUUCUUGAAAUCUGAAGUGAGUGUGGAGAACAUUUUAUUCUGGCAAGCUUGUGAAAAGUUCAGGAAGAUCCCAGCCACCUCCUUGGGUGAGCUGAAAGCAACAGCUCACUCCAUCUACAGCACCUACCUUUCUGACAGCGCUCCCUACUCAGUCAACAUUGACGACUCUGCCAAGACAGAGGAAAAGGACCUGGAACAGCCCACACCUGACAUGUUUAACAAGGCUCAAACACAGAUAUUUAAACUGAUGAAGAUGGACAGCUACAGGCGCUUUGUGCGCUCUCCUCUCUACCAGAGUUGCUCCUUGGCAAGUGUAGAAGGCAAACUUCUACCUCAGCUCUCCCAAGAGCCGGUUCACAUGGGAUCCUGGGACGAUGUGGCCACCAGAAGCCCUACACUGAGAGGAAAAAAGAACAAGAAAUCAGACUCCAACAGCUUACCAGGUGGGAACAGUGCCUCUGAGAAACGACAAAAUAAAAGAGGGUCCUGGGGAGUAGAUGCAACCAACACCCAGGGUUCGAUCUCCCGGAAAGAGUCCCCUGUGCCGAACAAGUCUACCAGCAGCAUGGAGCUCAGUCCCCUCUGCAGGCGGACAGAGAACGGCAGAUCGAGUCCCCGGUCUCCAGAUCAGGGUAGUGAAGGUGGGAGUCGGCCUGGGGUGGAGGGGGGCUACUGCUGUGUCUACCUACCUGAUGGCAGUGCUUCCCUGGCUCCCACACCUAAUGGCCAACCCAUUAAAAAAAUGCUUGCGAGCCUGUGUGAGAAGAGAGGCUUCCCACUGAAGGAUGUCGUCAUCUACCUUCAUGGCAAGGACAAGCAGCCCUUAUUGCUGGAUCAGGACUGCUCAAUUUUGAGAGAUCAGCAGGUUUCUCUAGAGCUCAGGGUGACGUUUGCGCUGGAGAUUGCCUUCACUGGUAAAACUGUGGGUAUUGUAGCGAAGUCUUAUAAGACGCUGCAGGACGUCCUCUCUACGGUGAUGCAGAAGCACCAGCUCAAGCUGCCAGAGGUUGUGAUCACCAUGGUUGGAAGUGACGAGCCCGUGAACAUGAGCAGCACUGUAUUCAGCCUGGCCAAUAAGACGCUAAGGCUUGAUAAAAUCAAAGGAAAAGACCAGAGCACUAUUUUCAAGGGCAGCCGUUCUGCUGCAGACACACAGGCAGGAGCAGCAAGUGGAGGUGGUCUAAACACCCGAUCAUCGUUGAAGACGGACAGAACCAAGAAUCAGCCCAAGCCCAGUAAGAGCCACGAGAUGGAUGCUGGGUUUCUGGACAUGUUGACAAGGGCUCAGUGCUGCAGGGUUGAUGACCAGCGAGGCCUUCUGACCAAAGAGCAGCUAGAGCUCCCUCUGUUCCUGCAGUUGCCUUCUGACCAGGGGCAGGAGACGCAGCCAGAUGAAACUAGCACGGCCAUCUCCUCCACUGCAGAAUCGAAGGACUCAGAAGACAAGACAACAAGUUGCCCAGUCCAGCUGCAGCAGCAGAGGAAAGCCCCAACUCUUCAGAAUCAAAAUCCAAAGACUUAAAGAAAACAGUUUGAAAUAGGUUAUAUGUAGGAUACACAAAGACAUGAUCAGAAACUACAACAAAUCUCACAACAUCAUGUUGCCAAUCAUGUCUGAAGAAGAAAAUAACUUUUAGCUCUAAACAGUCAAGCACUUUUAAUCACUGAUUUGCAGUAAGCUCCCAGACAGCAGUGUGAUCCAGCUAUCUGCUACAGAUAAUUGGCCUCUUGAGGCAAUACGCAAAGGAGAAAGAUCAUGGCAAGCAUUUAGUGUCAUGCCAAAACACUAAAUGGGGGAGGGGGGAAGUGAAUUGCACAGUUUUAUUUCAUAUAAGUUUAUUGAAUAUUUUAAUGAACAUUUUUAAUUAUAACCUCCAUUUUGUGUGCCUACUGAUCGUUUUCCAUUGUGUGUUUGUGGUACUAACUCUAAAUGCAUGUGGUGUGCUGUGAUCUUGUCAGUCCUAUUUUCCUGUCCCCUCAAGCUACAUUAAUGAUGUGGUAUUAGGAGAGACAGUCAGAUGUGAUCAUCAAAACAAUCCCACAGGGUGUAUCCAAAGAAUUAAAGUAUUUUAUGAUGAGAUAUGAUCUUGUCUGUAUAAAUUUCAUGUGAUUCAUGUCCGGUUUCAGCUUUCAGGCCUUUGAGGAAUAUUUUGGAUAAUUCACCGAGGUCAGUUGCUGGCUUGACAAAUGCUGUGCAAUUUGGUUUUGUAUGUGGUGCAGCUAAAUCCCACAGCCCCAGUGGACUGGCUGUGUGACUCAUGCAGUGUGAAUCUUACCAGAAUCCAUCUAGGUAGGUGUUUGAUUUGAUUGUCCAUUUGUGUUUUUUUUGUAUAUCCUGUGUAAAUGUCAUGUACUGAUGUCAUUUUUGCACAAAGAAAGUGAUCAUACAAGUGCUGUGACUGGCUCAUGACAAAGGGUUUGUAGCCAAUCACCUGCGUCAUCUGUCUGCAGAUUUGUUGCUGGAAGGUGUUUUCCAGUUCAGGAACCUUGGAGGACUAACUGUGUGUGUGUGUGUGUGUGUGUGUGUGUGUGUGUGUGUCUACUAUAUGAGUUACAAAAUGCAUUUGAUGAGUCAUAGAUGGAUUCAUCCACAUGGAUGAUGUCAGCAACAGCAGAGUAUGUGACUGUAUGAGUUGGGGAAGCAUCUCAUUCAUCCACCUUGCCUGUAUCAUGCAUGCUCGUAGAUGUGAUUGUGACUAAAGCAAUUAGCCUGAGCCAAACAACACAGCUGUCAAUAUCAGCAUAAUAUUAAGCUUAUAAUACCUGCUUCCUACCUGUCACAUCCACAGCUGCCAGACACACUGGCAUGCAGAGGUGUGAUUGACACACCUGGUGGUAUAUGUGAGUGUAUGCAUCCAUGCAUGAGUGGUGUGUUGGCGGAGCUAUGAAUGGGCAGAGAGGGGUGUGCUCUCACAGACAGCAUAGCAGCAGUGAGAUGAAGAGUGCCACCUACCCCACUGCACGUCUGCUGCGCUGAGAAGGAAGAGGGGAGAAAAAGGAGUUGUACAGUCAGUCUAUCCGGACAACAUCUUCUCUCCUAAACUUCCAUCAGCACUGAACCUCUCCAGAGAAAAAUAUUCAGGUCAGCCAUGGAGCAGAAAACAAAUGAGGCCCCCACCGCCACCUCUCCUCAGAAGCACAUGAAGAACCGGUCCAAAUCCAUAGACGAGAUGCAACAGUCGAAGAGGGCGUUUUCCUCACAGAAAUCACUCCCGGGCAGACCAGAGCUGGACAGAGUGAAGGAGUGUCUGGAUGGCUCUGACACGCCCUCGUCCUCCACUGAAGAACUAAAGUGAUUAAAGGCUCAGUAGGAUAAUAAACUCAUCAUCAAGCUACUAGAUCAUUAUACACACAACAUGCAUAAAAUGUACAUAUGUUCACCGGCAAAAUAUCGAGGAUAAUAAACUAAUUAUAAAACAUGUAAGCAAUGAAUGGAUGAAGAGCUGAAAGAAAAUGUAUAAAAAGAGAUUUGAACACGCACACAGUGAGACUAACAUUUAAACAAACAGACAUCCAUUUAUUUGCCACAACUUUGUACUGUGUGUCAUAUACAUAUAAAACUGAAUGUGCACUGACAAUAAAGUGAUGAUGUUGAGUGGG